GGGGGGUGGGAGAGAAGAGAGGGAGGAGGUCCUCUAGGCUGGAAUCAUCCUAAAUUCCUUAAUGGGGCUAAGACCCUGAAAUCGCCAAGCUGUAGACCCCUAGUUCUCUCUCCAGGGUCCCCCCAGGAUUCUCCCCAGCGAUCUCCCGCCAGUCACCCACGCCCGCCCCUUCGAGGGCAGGGCCCUAUUAACCCGUCGCUGGCCCGGGGGGCGGGCCGCUCUCCCCUCCCUCUCCCUCCCCUCCCCCUUCUCUACCUCCUCUCUCACCCUCUCCUUUCCCCUUCCCCCUCCCCUCGGUGAGGCGGUGGCGGCGGCGGCGGCAGCGGCAGCAGCAACAGCAGCAGCAGCCGCGGAGGCGGAGGCUGCUGGGGCUGAAGCGGCGGCAGCGGCGGGCGGGGCUCAGCUCCGGCUCCGGCUCGAGCUCGGGCUCGGCGGGCGGGCGGACAUGGCGGCCAACAUGUACCGGGUCGGAGAUUAUGUCUACUUUGAGAAUUCCUCAAGUAACCCAUAUCUAAUCAGAAGGAUAGAAGAACUUAAUAAGACAGCAAAUGGCAACGUGGAAGCAAAAGUAGUAUGCUUUUAUAGACGGCGAGACAUUUCCAACAGUCUUAUAAUGCUUGCAGACAAGCAUGCUAAAGAAAUUGAAGAAGAAUCUGAAACUUCAAUAGAUGCUGAUUUGACAGACAAACAGAAACAUCAGUUGAAACAUAGAGAACUUUUUUUGUCACGUCAGUAUGAGUCUCUUCCUGCAACACAUAUCAGGGGAAAAUGUAGUGUUGCGCUUCUGAAUGAGACAGAAUCAGUUUUGUCAUAUCUUGAUAAAGAGGAUACCUUUUUCUAUUCUUUGGUUUAUGAUCCUUCAUUGAAAACACUUUUAGCAGACAAAGGGGAAAUCAGAGUAGGACCUAGAUAUCAAGCAGAUAUACCAGACAUGCUCACAGAAGGAGAAGCAGAUGGCAGAGAACAAUCAAAGCUGGAGGUUAAAGUUUGGGACCCAAACAGCCCUCUUACCGAUCGACAGAUUGACCAAUUUUUAGUUGUAGCACGUGCUGUUGGAACAUUUGCUCGAGCCCUGGAUUGCAGUAGUUCAGUCAGACAGCCCAGUUUACAUAUGAGUGCUGCAGCUGCUUCCCGAGACAUCACUCUGUUCCAUGCUAUGGACACAUUAUACAGACACAGCUAUGAUUUGAGCAGUGCAAUUAGUGUUCUGGUACCACUUGGAGGACCUGUUUUAUGUAGAGAUGAAAUGGAAGAAUGGUCUGCUUCUGAAGCCAGCCUCUUUGAAGAGGCUUUGGAAAAAUAUGGAAAAGACUUCAAUGACAUACGUCAGGACUUUCUCCCAUGGAAGUCAUUGACUAGCAUCAUUGAAUAUUAUUACAUGUGGAAAACUACUGAUAGAUAUGUACAACAGAAACGCCUGAAAGCUGCUGAAGCUGAAAGCAAAUUGAAACAGGUCUAUAUUCCAACUUACAACAAACCAAAUCCCAACCAAAUAUCUGGCAGCAAUGGCAAACCCAACACUGUGAAUGGAGCUGUGGGAACCCCAUAUCAACCCCAGAGUGCACUGAUAGGACGGGCCUGUGAGAGCUGCUACACCACACAGUCUCACCAAUGGUAUUCUUGGGGGCCACCUAACAUGCAAUGUAGAUUAUGUGCAACCUGUUGGCUGUAUUGGAAAAAAUAUGGUGGCCUGAAAAUGCCAACACAGACAGAAGAAGAGAAGCUAUCACCCAACCCAACUACAGAGGAUCCCCGUGUUAGAGGUCACAUGUCACGUCAGGCUACACAGGGAAUGCCAGUCCGUAACACUGGAAGUCCAAAGUCAUCUGUGAAGACCCGCCAAGCUUUCUUCCUUCAUACUACAUGUUUGACCAAACUUGCUCGCCAGGUCUGCAAAAAUACCCUCCGGCUGCGGCAGGCAGCAAGACGACCCUUUGUCCCUAUUAAUUGUGCUGCCAUUAGGGCAGAAUAUGCAGACAGACACUCAGAGGUAUCAGGGAGUCCUCUGAAGAGCAAAAGCACUAGAAAACCUUUGGCAUGUAUCAUUGGUUAUUUAGAGAUCCAUCCUGCAAAGAAACCAAAUGUACUAAGGUCUACGCCAAGCCUGCAAAGCCCAUCCACUAAGCGAAUGCUUGCCACCCCAAACCAUGCAUCUCUGAGCAUCCUGGGAAAGAGAAACUACAGCCAUCACAAUGGCCUGGAUGAACUCACAUGCUGUGUUUCAGACUGAGAUGUCCUCAUCCCAUCCUCCAAACCAAGACUCACUUCACUGUCCUACUGAUGUUCACAGCUUUGGCUUAGGAAGAGGCAGUUGUGCUCCUGGCACAUUCCAGCUUGAAACCCCCAUGACCUGACCCCACACUGAGUCAAUGGCCCGCAGUGGGGAAACUUGAGUUCAGAUCCCCAUUUUGUGAAUUGAUAGAAUCUCCCGUAGCCUCUCAAGGUACAAGCUGCCCAAGAGCUUUUCAGAGAGGGGGAGACGAAAGUUUACCCUACUCUACCCUAUUUUGUCUGCAGCCUCCUCUUGAGCACAUAAAUGGUCAGCUGUAUCUCCUAGAAUGAAGCCAGUCCUGAGCCCUGAUGCCUUGAAAAGACAGUAAUGUUUCAUGGAUCAGUCUGACUGUGGUUUGUGAGGAUGUUGUAAUUGUGUAUAGGAGGGGAUAUAACAUCUUUCUGAAAGAAUCCUUAAGAAAUGUGCUCAUGUAUGUGCACCCUGCCGCGAUAUCUUUUCCAGGCAUUAAGUCACAUAGCUUUGAUACCACCUUCACAUAACUUCCUCUUUGAUGCUAAGCUUCUAUUAGUUGUGUGGUUUAUUUUAAAAGGGAAACUUUCUCUCCCCCUGGGCAGCAAGAGUCUUCAGAAUUACCUGUCUCAAGCAGCAGAAAUUGCCUUCUUUGAUUCUGUGAAAGCCUCCUUUCUUGUCGCCUGUCUUUUUAAUUGUUGGGUAUAGCCUGAGGCCUUAACGUUCACAUGUAGCCCUUAGAUUACCUUUGCCCCCACCCCUGCACCCCCCCCCCAUGCUUAAACUUUGCCUCAAAUUUGUCAUAAAUGAUAUGACACUAAUCAUUUUCUUCCCUUUCUAAGAGAACUUUCAUUCUAUUCACUGAUGAUAAUCCAGGUGUUCUGGGCUCCUGUUCACCAGGUGAUCCCUGCAGGUCAUCUGAGUGACAAACCAGCAAAGGAUGAACUGGGGCUGAAUCUGCCCUCAGAUGGCUGAGACAAGCUGAGACACAUCCGUCCGGUAAAGGACAACUUUGGCUUUUAGGAAGAUGGAAAUGGGGAGGGAGGAAGAGGGAGAGGGAGAAAAAGAGAGAGAGUAGGAGACGGACACAGACCUUGGAGGCCCCCAAGAAAUCUACGUGAAAACAGGAUUACUUCUCGUCGUUUUCUGGCUUAAAUUCCUACCCUCAGCACCAGAACUUGGUGUCUUUACAGCUGGUUAUUGUGCAGUCCUCAGCUGAGGCUGAAUUGAAAAAUAAAAUAAAACAAAAUAUGAGAGGAAAUAGUUCUCUCUAGAAGGGUGAAUGUAAAUGACAUCCCAGAAUCUGAAUUUCCACAUGUAUGACUUGUAAGUCUCGUUUCUCUAACUCUUAGGAAUGGAGGGAAACACUCAGGAGCUGCAGGCACAAGCCACCUUAUUUUCCUUUAUUAUAGGGUCCAUCGUCCAUAUAGUAUUUAAAGUUUCAUGAAAUAUGAGACAAUAUUGAGUUGAGUGAGUCUUGGGGUCCUUGUCUCUCUGGUCAGCCAUAUCCUUAAAUAGAUGGAUUUGAGUGAACAUAAGAGAAUGUAAUGCAUGAUGGGAUGAUACUCUGGGUCAAAACUUCCAGAAACAUUAAUUACUCCCUUUUUUUUUUUUAAAUGAGGGAGGCAACCCAGGCCCUAUUCCCAGGAGUAUUUCCAGAUGUGUCCUCUGAAGUAAUAUAUGAGAUAGUGACUGGGUACCAGCUGAGGAGCCAGCUAAAUGGAGACCAGGGUGAGAAAAGGAGAUUGGGGGCUCAGAAAAUCUGGAAGGAUUUCUUUAAGGGUGAUCCUUGGGCUGAAGAAAAAAGAAAAUCACAUUUGUCUGCCUGAGUGGGCUACAUGGUAGAGACUUUCAAUCUGUUCCUGUUUCCUGAAUUUUUUUUAACCUUAGAGACUAAAUGACCCAUUGUUCUCUCCCCUCCCCCUUGAAAGCCCUUAUUAAAUGCUUUUGGCCAUUGUUCACUUCAUCUUAGGAUAUUAAAAGAUGGAUGGUUCACCAAGUAUAACAAAUUGGGCAUACGGACUGGGCUGUAAAGGGGAAUAGUGCCCUAAGCAUUUGAUGCUGAGAACUUUUGCCAUUGAACUUUGAGGGAGUACUGGCUACCUGUAAACUUUGUUCAGAAGGGAUACUUUCUCUAUUUGAUGGUUCUCAGGCCAGCAACCCCUGAGCCUCCCAGAAGUAGGUUGUGAAAUACAAAUGUUCAUGAGGGAAUUAGAGGGGGAAGAGUUUAAUAACUAAACAUUCAACUUUCUAGUCCAGCUUUAUCAGACAUAUAGGACUCAUUGCUAUUCUCGAGGGUUUCUCAGGCUCUCCCAUCCUGUGACUAUAAAAUCCCAUUGUAGCAUGAUGUUUCCCUAUGUACCGCCAUCUUGUCCAUAUGUCCCAAUGAGUUACACACACAGAGCAAAUUAAGUGCAGAAAAGCUCUGUUCUUAUGACUGAAGUCAAAUGACCUUUUAAAGCCUGCAGUGUCCAUCUGUGCUGGCAUCACUUCCUCUGUUGUCUCCAGUUCCCCUCUAUGGCAUGAGUAGUCAAAAGGAGAAAACUAAAAUAAACCAUUGGUCAUGUUUUCAAUAUUUUUGUUAAAAUUCUAACUUAACAGAAGCCCAACAUCUAUUAGCCUUGGUCCACUUGAAGAUAUAGGCCUGGUUUUAAUUCUUAUGGCCACACUGAAGAGAUUCAGCAUGUUUUUCUUUCUUGUAAGGUAGUGAGAUGCCCCAUUAUGCUAUGUUCAGGUAGAGGAUAGGGGAUAAUCUGUUAGGAGAUGCUAAAAAAGGGAUUCAGGUGCUGGAUGGUAGGUUGAUCUUGGAAGGCCUGUAACGUCCCAACUCCUAGGUUCUAUGAGGCUAUGAGAAGCAUUACUUUUGUAGUUGUAUAGGACUAGCCUCUGUUAGGACUGGAUAGGUAGGGAGAAGUCACCUUACUUUGUGGUUAAAUAUCGAACUGUGAGCAUUUGAUGCGAUUGGAGGGUGUGUAGGUUGCUUUGUUUAGUUAAAAGGGGCUCUUCACUCAACUCCACCGUCCUGCCUCCCAGCCAAGUAGCUUUGUCAUUGUUUGUCUCAUAGACCCCCAACUCAUUCACUCCCCUUGGCCCUGAUGCUUCUGGUGCUGCUGUGAGUACUAACUCAAACUAGGCAUCAUAGAUAAGGAAACAGACUCAGAGAGGGUAAGUCACUUGUUCACAGUCA